AUGAAGCUGGUCGCGCGCAAGGUCCCCUCGGACAUCGAGGAAGAGCAGGUCUCUCUGCUGCCCGAGGACCCCGAGGACAUGUGGCACGCCUACAACCUCAUCGUGCCCGGCGAUGUCGUCAACGCCCACGCCGUCCGCAAAGUCGUCACCGUUAACCCCGGCACCGGCGCCGCCGCCGCCGAGCGAGUCCACACGGACCUGACCAUCAAGGUCAAGUCGACCUUUUUCGACCCCGUCAUCUCGUCCCUGCGCGUCUCGGGCGUCGUCGUCUCGGAAAACGACCACGUCGCCCGCGGCGCCCACCACACCCUCGACCUCGAGGUCAACCGUUCCUUUGCUGUCAUCAAGCCCGAUGGUUGGGACUCGGUCGCAAAGGCCACCCUCGCCCAGGCCCUCUCCGACGACAAAAACGGCGCCAUGGCCGCCCUCGUCAUGCAGGAGGGCCUUGCCAACAUCUGCCUCGUCACCCAGUUCCGCACCGUCCUCAAGACCCGCGUCGAGAGCGUCGUCCCCAAGAAGCGCGACACCGCCUCGGACCAAGACGCCGGCCUCAGGCGCUUCUUCGACAAGACGCUCAGCUCCAUGCUGCGCGCCCUCGACUUUUCCGACUCGCGGCCCCUGCUCCUGGCUAGCCCGGGCUUCGUUGCCGCCGACUUCAAGGCCUACAUGGCCAAGCAAGGGCGCGACAAGUCUGACAAGGUGCUCACCGCCCUGUCCAAGCAGGCCAUCGUCGUACACGCCAACUCGGGCCACAUCCAUAGCUUGAACGAGGUGCUCAAGAGCCCCGAGGUUCUCGCCAAGAUGCGCGACAUGAACUACGCCAAAGAAGCGCAGUCCAUGGACAACUUCUUCGACCUCCUCAAGCUCGACGACGGGCGCGCCUGGUACGGCUCCAAGGCCGUCGAAAGGGCCGUCGCGGAAGGCGCCGUCGGCCCGGGCGGGGGCGUGCUGCUCAUCAACAACUCGCUCUUUCGCAGCCAGGACCUGGAGACGCGGAAAAGGUACGUCGCCGUCGUCGACAAGGUCAAGGGCGACGGCGGCGAGGUGCGAAUAUUGAGCAGCGACCACGAGAGCGGCCAGCGGCUGCAGAUGAUGGGCGACAUUGCCGCGAUGCUGAAUUACCCCAUUUUGGAUCUGGACGAGGACGAGGACGAGGCACAGGCGGCGCCUGCGGUUCGAGACAACGGCGCAAGGCAUCAAGAAGACGAGAGCAUGCUAGAAAGCGUAAUCUAG